UCCUUGACCACUGUGUAUGGUCCAGAAUUUAGGGGGAAAAAAACGCAUUGCAUUUCACUGUAAUUUAGGACGAAAAGAGCGAGAGGGAUUCUCAAAUCUGGUGAAUCUGAUUCGUUUACGUAUCCAAAAUCUCAGAUUUUCCCGGAAAAAAACUAUGGAUUGGGUUCUUCACUUUCCUGGCGCUUUCUCGUUUACCAAACAGCCGAAGUUAAGCUUCAGGGACGCCAUUUUCCCUGUCAGAGAUGUUCCUUCUCCAGCAUUUGCUUCACAAAAACAACGUUUCGGACAGAAUCUUUCCAGAGCAAGAACAUCAGAUGUUGAUGGCAGGGAUCGGCCUCUGCAGAAGAAAACUACUUAUCCAGCCAGGAAAGGGAAGAUAUUGUCCGAAGAGCGACAAUCAAACCCAAGCAAAUCCAACCAGGAAGAGAUUAUCUCUCUGUUCAAACGGAUACAGUCUUCAAUCUCCAAAGGGGAACCUCCAAAGAAGAAUGUCGGGUCCUCUCAGGGUGAGCCAGUGACUGAAGCUCUUCUUGAUGUUAUUCGCCGGUCCAGAAAGAAAAAUGAGGGAGAGACUGGCGCCAUGAAGGAAGAGGACGAGGAGGGUAAUUUCGUGAGGAGAGAUAGGCCACCGUCCAAUUUCAUGAAGAGAUCUCCAAUACAAUCUCCUUCAGGUCCAAGAGCUAAGGUUAUUGAGCACAAUAGUGGGAAAGAGUUGAAGGAAACGGCAACAAAGGAAGAGAAGUCUCUCACUGUUGAAAGUAUGAAACUUGUUGAGCUGAAGGAACUUGCAAAGGCCAGAGGAAUCAAAGGGUACUCCAAGUUGAAGAAGGGUCAGCUUUUAGAGCUACUCACAUCAUCAUCAUCAUCAUCACCACCACCAUCAUCAUCACCACCACCAUCAUCAUCAUAGCUUCGGUCAAGAGAUUGUCUUUGGAGUUUGAUCAAAUCAGUUGUAAUUGAAGCAUUUAUGUGGAGAACCAAAAUGUAAUUGAUCAAACGUGCUCUCGAAUAAUAUAUGGAUUUCACUGA